CAGUAGUCUAGUCCUGACCUGAAAGGAUAGUAGAAGAAGUGUUCGGCUGAGUUGCUACGAGUUAAUGCGAGGCCCAUGCACCCGGAUCUAAGUGGUGCUGAAGUUGAUUUUGAGGCAGGAGCACAUUGGACCUGGAGCCUGUACAACGAGGUUGUUGAUUCCAGUCUCUGAAGAUGUGUGAUCAGAGAAAAGACCGUGGUGAUGAUGUGGAUGAGCUGUCAGACACCGAUGACUCUGAACCUGAACAACAGCCCAGCAGUGCUCCCUUUGACCCAGAGCUGGACCAUGAUGAUGAUGAUGAUGAUGACGAUGAUGGGGGGCGGGGGGAGGGUGUGAUCUCUACGUCAGCUGCUCAGACUUCCUUCAGUCUGAAAGGAGGGAGCUCAGCUUUCUCAGACCGUAGCCAUAGUAUCUUUGACUGCCUGGACAGUGUCACCCAGCUGACCUCCUCCUCUGUGAACCAGGAUCAGGUCACAGACGGAGAGUUUGUUCGGCCUCAGCCUCCACGUCCCAGCAGGAAGACGAGCCACCCUCCGUCCACUGACCCCACACCACCAAAGAAGAGAGGAGUCCCAGACUACCUGGUGCACCCUGAGCGGUGGACUCACUACAGUCUGGAGGAUGUGUCUGAGACCAGUGAACAGGACAACAGGAGGGCCGCUCACAACUUCCUGUCUAGUCUGCGGAAGGAGAGACAGCCUGAAUCACCCUGUGACCUCCAGCAGAGAAUGAUCUUUUCUAGACCAAACCGACUGCUGAAGGAACAGACUGCAGAUCAGCUGUCAGCCGUCAGAGGAAAAAAGAGGGGGAUGCAUCUCAGUCACUUGGAGGAGGAGGAGGGGGCAGAGGGCAGGGAGGGAGGGAAGGCUGGGGGAACAGAGCAGAGUGAAGAAGAGACUGGAGAGAGAGACAGGAGAAGAGCCGUGGGUCGACCAGAGGAGGGGAAUCAGAAACGGGUGCAGAAAGAACAAGGUGAGGAGGAGAAGACAGAGGAGGUGAACCCCAGCUUUACCUCCUUCAGGAAGACGAAGAGUAAAAUCUACAGGAAAAGUUCAGAGCAAGAGGACAACUGACCACGUCUUAAUGACACAGACUGAUAACUGUUUUUAACCCAAACCUGAGCUAACUGUUCCCAGACCUGUUUCAAAGUCAAACCUCUGAAACUGUAACUUUACAGCAGAGUUCAUCUGUCCUCUGACCACGCCCACUAUCACUCAAAGGUGUCUGCUCUGUUGCUGUCUGUAACCACACCUGACAGUGAUGUCACAGUAUACUAUAGAACACCUGUACAUCAUUGUAGCCAGGUGACAAGCUGUUAGCAUGUCUGGUUAACUAGCCACAGUAGUAACCUAGUUUAAGUCUGAGGUCAGAGAGUAUUUCAUUAUUUAACUAGAGUUUGUGAGGACACAGGCUGUGUUCAAAAAGAUUCUCCUUUUAAAACGGGCCUGAGACACUUUUCUACCAACUGAUGGAGCUAACGUUAGCUUCAUUAGCUCACUACAGCUUAUUAAACCCACAGUGACAGUCACCAGCUAAAAGCAACAAGUUGCUCCUUUCUUAUUUGAUGGUAAAUCUGUAACACUGUGAACUGAGUGUGCAGAAAAUGAAGGAUUGACAGGGCUCAGUUAACUGAAGCCAGAUCAGCCUUAAUUACAUUAUGUCAACUCCAGACUGAGGCAGAAUUGUAGGGAAAGAGAUUUGAUGUUAAGUUUUUUUUAAACAUUUUGUCAAACGAGGGUCAUCAGAUAUUUACAGUCAGGACCUGCAGGGCUGUACAGUAUGUCUGCAGGUGUUUAACCAUAACAAACACGUGUGUGUGGCCCAACAUAAUAACACAAAAUUGCCAUAAGGGACUUCACAAUCUGUCCAGCAGACAACACCCUCUGUCCUCAGACCAGACCCAUGACCUGGAUAAGAAACGACUCCUCAAAAAACUGAAAAAAUGGAAGAAACCUCAGGAAGAGCAGCACAGGAAGGAUCCCUCCUCCAGGACAGACAGGAAAUACAUGUUGUGAGUACAGAGUAGAACAACAGUAGAUUUACAAUGUGGACAAUCAGGAGGACAAUUUUUACCCAGCCAACUAAAAUCAAAGUCUGAAGCUACCUUAAAAGAGCAAAUACAGGCAGAUCAGUCAGUGAGUAUGUACCUGCCUGCACUAUAGUCAGAGGUGUUCCUUAUAUUCUGACCACUUCAUGUAUGUAAAUAUUAGAAACAGCUGUCAGUAUCAUGUCAUCCAGUACAACAGCAGCUUUAACUCUGAGCCCACCACCGUUCUUCAUGAAAACAGAUGCUGUGGCACAACUGUUGGAUUUGAUUGAAUGAGAUUGUGCAGGUGUACCUAAAAAAGUGGACACAGCUGCUUACAGUGGGACAGCACCAACAUGUUUAUCAGUCUGUGUGUUCCUAAAGAGGUCCAGAUCCUCUACAGUCUGCUAAGGCUGUGGUUUGCAUUUACACAGUCUGUGGUUUGCAUAUGACCGAGCAGUGACUGAGUGUCACUGUUCUAUUGCUGCAAUGUAACUCAGCAGCUAAUGGUUUUAUAGAGGGAGCUUUGCAUGUCGGCCUUAGAGGAUGAUGAGGUCACUGACAUUUGUAAAUACUCAAGUUGUCUCGUUUAUCUCCCACCUGAGGUGUGUUCAGGUUCUUGUUCCAAGAAGCAGCUUUGCUGAAAACCCAUAGAGCUCCUGAUCUGGAACAUGGACUGAUGGAAACACACCUGCUCCAGGUUGUAAUCCAGAUCACUCAAUCCAUCUGUUUCAUCAACCAUACCAAGUUUCUCAGUAGAUCAAUGUGCUGAAAUGUUUUCUACUUCAUGCGCAGAUGAUUUAUUGGUUUCAUGUGUGAGAUGUUCAGUGCAGUAUGGACUUCCAGUAGAAACUCUAGACUCAGUAUGGGGAUCACACUCUAUUCAUUAAGCAUUGGUUAAAAUAACAGCCUGUUAAACUGUAAUUAUGUGUGUGUGUGAUUUAUUUGUGUUUUAAACUGAAACAUUCACAAGUACAUGCACACGCACAAACCUCAUUUCUUAUUCAGCCCUCCUGUGUAUGAGAAAACUCAGCCAUUGUAAGUGAAAGAUCAGAUAAAUGUCUAUAAGUGGAGUAACAUCAAUAAGUGACAGCUAUCUGAUCUUUUUUAGUUCUUCGAAUACAGCUCAGAUCUGACUCCUGGGCAGAAGCAGAGGAAGUGAUAUUAAAAACUACGGUUUGAUUUGAGAACAUCAAAUGAAUAAAAAUACAUAUCAGUCUGGGCUCUGUAUUUUAUGAUUUUUCGCUGUCUGUAUUUUUGACGUUUAAAAUAAACUAAAAAUUGAAGCUGAAA